GGAAAAAAUUUUUUCGCGUAUCGGGCAAAACAUCAUCGAUUUUAAUGGAAUAUCAAUUCUCCAGAUUUGAAAACUUCCAGGGUUGGCAGCCCUGUGUUUGAUUAAUUAAUAGUUUGAUAAGCGGUUGUAAUGGCGUCUUCACCAACACUGCUGGAUAAAAAGAAGAUUGAAGAGAUUUUGGCAUCGAAAGAAAUAUUUAUGUUCGACUGUGAUGGUAAUUAAUGUCUGCAACAUAUUUAAUUAUUUAUAUUGGUUAAUUUGGAACGUUGCAAUACUGUAAUACCAGUAAGCAGUAAAUUUUAAAUUUCAGGAACUAAGACUCAGAUCUGCCAAGGUGUUGUGAAUAAAAUGAGGGAGAUUACAAUACUUGUUUUGUGAUUUUCCUCCAUCUUUAUGACAGACAAUUUUCCAUAUAAAUAUGUAUUUUUUUCCAAUUGCCAAUUAAGGGGAAAAUAUAAUGGCCAAGGCGAAGUAAAUUGACAUAUUUCAGUUUCAAUAUAGAUAUAGUGAUCGAUUGAUGGCAAUGUUUUGUUCAAAUGUAAAACUAUAUUCUACAUUGACUGCCAUUCAUGAUAAAUUGCAAGGAAGCUAGAACUGCUGACGCCAUAACUCAAUGAUCUGCAGGAAAUUGUGCUGAAAUUAGCUAAUAAUAGAUUGACAUUUCCACAGCUGUAGUGAGUUGUAGUCCUGAAGGUGUAGGAAUGCAGUCAAUCUUCAACACAUUUUUCUGCCGAGAGUAGGGAUGGGCGAUGAGCUUUUUCAUUCAAUAUGAAUUGAUAUUUGCCAUUUUUUUUCGAUAUUAGAUAUAUUGAUAUUUUCCCAACUUGAACAUCCACAACACCAAAAGACUAUUUCAGACCUCUCAACUCUCACGCAUUUGGCGUGAGUCUCACACAAUUCGCUUCACUCUCACGCCACGUUUAGUAAAUCUCACACAUAUAGCAGUUUCAUAGUAUUUUUUUCAAUAAUAUAAUAUUGUAUUCUUAAAUGCACAUUAAUCAUUAUACGGAUCGCGAGUCGAAUAUAUAAUCGUGUGUUCUUGUUUCUGCAUAUACGGUCCGACAAUUUGCCCGCAAUUUGGAUGCAAAAUAAUAGGCAUAUGUAAAUAUGGCAGACAAAAGGCAAAAUCAGUCCGAGCAGAAUUCUACAUGUAAAUUAUCAAAGGCAAAUUAAAGCUGACUACUGUAUGUCACAGAAAUACAGUUAUUGUAACUAAAGUGCCUUCACAGUUGUCAAAACACCAACUCUCAUAAUGUACGAAAUGCCAUUUCAGACCCCCGGACUUUUACAAAGGUGCAUGUCAUCCACAUCCCCAAUCUCACUCUUAACUUUUCUGCAAAGUUGAGAGGUCUGCUAUUUUCAUUUCUUCGAUGCCAAAAUCAUGCUGGUUGAAUAAGUUUUCAACACAUUUAUUUUCAGGUAUAUACUUCAUGUUAUGGGGCUAUAAUGGAUCUGGAAUUCAAUUGUAACCACUGACAUAUAUAUAGGUGUAUAUAUGUCAGUGAUUGUAACUAACAUAACCACAAACUCUGAUCCUGCCCGUGGACCAUUCCCGUACCGAAAAUCAUGGCGUGACAUGAGCGAUAUUCGGGCCAUAAAAUUGAGCGAGACAUGAGCAAUAAUGAGCGUGACGAUACACAGCGAUACACGGCGUGUCUCAAACGUGACAUUUUCGAGCGAGACAUUGGGCGAGACAUGAGCGAUAAUGAGCGUGACGAUACACCAGCGAUACACGGCGUGUCUCAAACGUGACAUUUUCAACCAAAUUUCACCGGUAGUGGGCCAUACAUUUUUCAGGCCAUAUUUUUGUCUGGCCUGAUUUUGGUUGUAUUAUGGCUCCACAUUUAGGCCGGAAAUUAAGAAACGCAAUCGCAUUUACGCAGACAAGUAAAAUAACACAUAUCAAUACACACAUACCACGAUAGCACGCAAUGCUAUUAAAUCAGGUCAAAAAUAUAAAGCAAGUUUUUAAAAAUUUAGUAAAUUAAAAAUCAUUGACAAUAGUUUACACUUCAAACUUUUGGAUAAAAUGCAUUUGUAAAGUUAGCUUUUGUUCAAGUAUUUUUAUGCAUAUUUUGCUUUUCCGUCAACAGCGAUUAAAUUACUUUUAUAUUUCAACUUUCAAGAUAAAACCACUGGAUUGAAAGAACAUCACACUAUUGCAACGAGCUUUUGCUUAUACUAAAAGCCUUAUCGACUUGUUUUAACUAAUCUACAUUGACACUAGGGGCAUUUAUAUGGGCGAAAAUGAGCUGCGGCUUUGAGAUGGACGUCGCGAGCGACUCAUGUAAACGGUCAAUUUGUCCGCAAGCGGCAGCUAAAAUAUUAAAGACAACAGGUUUGAAAGCUAGGCCUAAGUCACUAUUCGGGCCACGGUUUCAGACUUAAUUUCGCCAUUGCAUUAUAUAUGACAAAUAUGAAAAUCGGAUUUUAAUUUCGGCCUUGAAUAUUUUGUAGGCCUUUCUAUUCCAGCAAAUUUCUGUUAAAACAUAUAAACAUCUAAAGUUUUUAUACCUAUAAAAAGAUUGUUCGCAAUGCAUGGUUUUGAAAGCGUAAAGGCCCAAACAGACCGGACGCGAUUCGGCAACGCGACGCGAAUUUUCAAUGACAUUUACCUUUACUAUUUUUCUAUGUUUUUCAAAUAUUCUUAACCACUUAAGCAAUUUUAGCUAUUUGGUCUGCAUAUCUUGUAAAAUUUUUAUCCGUUGACGGUUUUAUUUGUUUUUAAAAUCUGAAAAUUCGCGCCGCGUUGUCGAAUCGCAUUCGGUCUGUGUGGGCCUUAAUAAUUACAUUUAAAGUAAAUUAUGUAUUGCGGUAUCACGCGCAAAACUGUACAGAACAGGUAAACGUUGAGAUUAAUUACUUACAUUUAGAAGAAACUUGAAGACUGUCUCCAAUGCAUAUAUUGCCAAUGCCUUGAAUCUCAAAGUCGCACAGAAACUUUGCGAGGGACACUAUCAUUUGACUUCAACGUCGCCUGGCUGAAGAAUUACCGAGAGUAAAGUGUAAUAUAUAACGAUGAUCAUUGUUGAAAAUCCGCGACUUUUCCCUUGUACGUUCGACCAACCGUGAACCGUGUAUGGUUCGCUGCUUGAAAGCGAUGCGUGUGUACAGCAAAAUAAAACCAACUCAAAUUGCGCGCCUUGUCAUCUGAGACAAAACAAAUUAAAAUUUUAACGUAACGCUCUUGUCGUGCUCAGUUUCUUUCAAUUUUCGCCGGAUAUGAUAAUAAUCUCACAUUUUCAUGGCACGCAAAGGAAUUUCUGUUGCUUGUCUCGCUCUGCCUCGCUAUAUUAUCGUCCAUGUUUCGCUGUAAAAGCAGCGUGACAAUUGUCUCUUUUGAGCGAGACAAUUUAUCUUGCGAUGUCACGCUCAUUCAGGCCAAAUUCUCGGCCAUAAACAAGCGAUACAAAUGUCUCGUUCGUAACAGGCAGCGAGACAAAACCAAUGUCUGGUUGUGUCUCGCUCAAUUACCGCUGCUUUAAUUGGUUUAUGGCCAGAUACUGGCCAGAAUCUCGCUCAGUCAGGCUGUAACUUUUCGUACGGGUUAUGCACCAUAGAAAAUGAACUAUUUUUUUAUGCCUAUUUAAUAGACUUUUUAGUAUCAUUUUCAUGGUGAGUCUGCUAACCAAAAUGAAAAGAAUAUUGCAGGCUCAGAAGUAUUGCAACAAUCGAUAUUUCUUGCCAGUGUGUUAAUAAUAAUGUGUUAUUUAAUUAAUUUAAUAUUAACCACACUACAGGCACAGUGGAGCCUGUUUAAAAGUGUGUGUGUGGGGGGGGGGGGCAGGAUAGGCCUCAAGAGCCUGAAUUUUAUCUGGUAAUUUUUUUAUCCACCAAAAAGGGUGGGGAGCAUGCCCCCGCUCCACGGUCCCUGCACUAUAUCUGUUUAUUAUCUAGUGUUAAAAUCCAGCCAUUAAUUAAUUAAUUGACAAUGGGUUAUUCCAGAAAACAUCAAUUUUAUUUAUGUUCUUACUAUUAUCAGAUAUAAAUUUUUGUCCCCUCCCUCUCCGGAUGGCAGAAAUUUCCUCCGUGGGGGGAGUGUAGAUCUUUUCUGGAAUGUCCCAAUUUGUAAUAAAGUGUCCUUACUUUGUUAUUUUAUCUAUUAAACUCCAGAUAGCUAAAGUGUUAAUUUGUAACACGUACUGACCCUCUAUAUAAAUUAUACAUUUUCAGGCAAUAUAUUUAAAAGGAUUUUCGCCCCUUGUUUACCUGAAACAUGGAAGUCUUUUAGUUUGUUGUCAUAAUGUCUUUCUUAAACAUUUCCUGUUAUUUAAUAUCUUAGCUGAUCAGAAACAUCCACCAAAUAUUACAUUUGGUGGGAAAUUUAAAUGUUCUUUUAAAUAGAAUGGCAUUUAGAAAACAAUUUCAUUUGUUACAGGCAGGUUCCAAGUUCAAAUGAUGUUCAGAAACGUCAUUUGGCAGGGAAAGUGUUAAUGAAAUUCGAUGUAGAUUUUAAUUAUACAUCUAAUUUUUUUGUUCUUAGGUGUUCUUUGGAGGCAAAAUAAUGUUUACCCUCAAGUGCCAGAACUUAUUAAACACCUUCGAAACUUGGUAAUAUUUACAAUACUGUAGCUAGCUAUAUAUACAGCUAGUAUGGAUCUUAUUAACAUUAGAAGGCAUACUAGGUACAGUUUAAGAUCAUGUGGAAGUUAAGUCACACUAUUGCCACCAACAGGAAAAUUUUUGACGAAUCUUGGUGGGAGAGCAUUUAAAUCAGCUGCUCCAAAUCUUUGAAACGUUAUGCCAGCAAAUAUUCGUAAUAUGGACAAUUUAAAUCUAUUUAAAAAGGCAUUGAAAACCUACUUAUUUAGAAUGGCCUUCGGACAUUGAAAUACUUUUUAUAAAGUGAACUCUGAUUUUAGAUGUAAAUAACUAUAAUAUAGUAACUGUAAUUUAAAUUUUAGAUUUUUAUGAACAUAUCUGCAUGCUAAUAUGCGCAAUAUAAAUUUAAUUAUGUUAAUGUUAUAUGGUGUACUAGCUAUAUAUACCAUACCUGUUAACCUGUAAUAUUAACUGUAUCCCAACCAGCUUUAAUUGUGCCAGGCAUAACAGUAGGUUUACCAGGAUACCACAUGUUUUUUUAAAUUUCAUGAAACAUGUAAUAUUUCGUGUAUACCUAGGUUUCAAAGGCCUGUUUGCAUAUACAGUCACUCUCAAAUGCCAAAGCAUGACAUGGAUAAACCAAAUUCCCUAGCUACUGCUAUAUUACAGUACUGGUGACAUCAGAAUCAGUUCAGAGACAAUUCAAAGUUGAGAUGUCUUAGUUCUUAGUUACAGUUACUUAGUUACAGCAUUUCGAAAUAUAUUUGGAAAUUAAAAGAAAACAAACAAGAUUUCGACAUAACUUGGUCUAUACUGAAACGCGCUGUUUCUUAUACGAGAGGAUAAAAAAAUGUAAUUUGUGUUCAGUGGAAAAACUCUGAGUGUAUUUUGAAGGAAAAAAACAAACAAUUUUCACUUAACAAAAAAUCGGAAAUAGUUUCGACAUGUAAUCAUAAAAAGAAAUUUCUAGUAAACAAUGAAAGGAAUGCAUAUAUUGUUUGACGCCCACACGCCCACGUUUCCGAAAUGUGAAAAGUUUAAUUUAAGCGGGCACUUUUCGAAAUUUGUGAGCCACCUGAUGAUUCCUCUUGGAUAAAACAGGCUGUUGUGGCAACAUUUUGAGGUAAAACCACUAUAUAUAUAAUAUACCUCUGGCACGAAACAACCUGGCGUACCUGCAACCUCGUUCCCAGGCUCUUGGCGUACCUGCUGCUGCAUUUUUUGCAACUGCUCCUGGUUAGAUCAGAAAAUUGUAUAAUUAUAUUAAUGUUUAUACGCUCGAAAUUUUCAUGAACAACAAAAACCCUUCAACUGCAGUUCUAUCGAGCGAGUUGCAGAAAACAUUAUUAUUCCGACCUGCACAUAAUCUACCCUGCCUUGGUGAAAAGUACGUAUUAAUAUGUACUACUUAGUUCGUCAUGGACAGGUAGCUUACAAGAGCUCGAUUGCUCCUACCUGCCACUCUUAAACUACAUUAUGAAAUAUAUACUGCAUACAGUAUAGAGCCUGUGCCUUGCAUGGAUAUCCCAUUUGCACUAGCCCAUUUGUGCCUACACCUUGUAAUCUAUACUACUAUACCAAUAAAGCUAAUAACAAUAUUUUCCUACUAACUCUUGUGGAAAGGCGUACACAAAUGUACUAGCUAAACAUUUGCUCAAACAAAGCUUUAUGGUCAACAGUGAACCGUCUAAGUUUUAAUUUUUUGCCAAUUAGAUGAUUGUAUAUUCUUAACACAGGUUAAUUACAUGUAGGUAAUUUAUACGGAUACUAGUUUUAUCCAUACCAUGCCAUAAAUUGAGUUUUCUGCAUUAAAUGAACUUCAAGAUGUUUAAUACCCCACUUCCCUGUCAGCCACUUUGACCGUACUACUCAAUAAUCAUCCCCAGUGUCCUUUGAUAGAGUUGAAGAAAAGGCGCAGAACUUGUAUUAAUUACAUGACGUCAUAGCGUGUAAUAAUAUUUUUCAUACUCUUAUUCAACAACUCCAAAUCCAGUCAUUCAGUUCAUAUGAUGCUGCAUUUAGGCAAUCUGAAAUCGAAAAUUCUUUUAAUAAAUAACAAUAUCGUUUUUUAAUCACAGAGUUUUGAGCACUAGCCAUUUUCAGAAAAUAUUUACCUACUGGUGUUUAUACAUGAAUUUUUUUUUAUAGGGCAAGAAAGUAUUUUUUAUUUCAAAUAAUAACACCAAGGCUCGCAGAAAUUAUCUUGAGAAGUUUUCUCGUCUAGGAAUCGAGGCUAAAGAGGUAUGUUGUUAUGAUUUGUUAGUUCAUGGCAACCAGGUGUACUAUAUCAUGAAGAUACAUUUCUGCUUUGCUACACUUGAUUGAAAAUGAAUGAACGCGAUCUGUGAAGUACAUUCGCGACCCAACGUUUCAACACUCCUGUCUAGUGUCUUCGUCAGGGCCAGGCACCAUCUUCACUCGUAAAAAUGCGUGUUUGUAGCGUUAGAAUGUUAUGCACGUAUGUAAUGAUGUGUAACUCUGUAAAUUGAUGUAUAAUUAUGUAAAUUUGUUAAUUUCAUAGUGUGUGACACACCGUUUUUUUCCAUGAAAGACCUUUUUCGCUCGGAACGUCGAUUUACAAGCAAUUAAUUAGGUAAUUAGCUCACCUCUAUAAAUAACGAAUUAUUUAUCCUAAAUUUAUUAUCCGCAAUUUUUCUUCUGGUAGGAUGAAAUUUAUUCCUCUGCUUAUGCAGCUGCAUAUUAUAUCAAACAUGUGGCGAAAUUGGAAGGCAAGGUUUAUGUGAUGGGAACUCCUGGUUUGGUCGAGGAACUUGAUAAAGAAAAUAUUCAACAUAUAGGCUCUGGGGUAAGAAAUCCAAAAAAACCUUCAUUGAAAAUAUCUUUUGCUUACAUGCUCACCACGAAUGCGUGUAUCAAAGGGCCAUUUGUUUUCCCACCUCUAGAAAAACGAAAAUGAGUCGCUGAUUUCCGUUUUUCAAUUUUGAAAAACAGCUUGGAAAACAAAAUGAGCAUAAUUAUAUACUUUAAAUUUAUCAAAGAGCCAACUGUUUCCUAAGCGCUUUUGGAAAACAAAAUGAGCAUAGUUAUAUACUUUAAAUUUAUCAAAGGGCCAACUGUUUCCUAAGCGCUUUUGGAAAACAAAAUGAGCAUAAUUAUAUACUUUAAAUUUAUCAAAGAGCCAACUGUUUCCUAAGCGCUUUUGGAAAACAUAAACGAUCUUCAAAUUUCGUUUUCAGAUUUUAAAGACAGAAAACGGAUUUUGAAACAAAUUUUGUUUUCUAUUUUCCAUAUAAGAAAUCAAGAAUGGCACAAACUUCGUUCGGAACGUUUUCGGGUGUAGGAAGUUGAAGAUUGAUUCCCCCCGGUUAUUUUUUGCAUAGCAAUUUAUUAUGGCUGCUCUGGAAGAACACGAAGGUUUUAUCUGAGAAUUUUUGUCGAAGAAAGGAAACACCAUAGAAGAUUUAGCGGAUGUUUUGCAAACAACGUAUCCAGAGCAGCGAGGUUUCAGUUCUAGAAGUAUCAAACGUUGGAUGCCAGAAACGGGUUCUGCCGUCUGGCAAGUCGAAUUAGACGAGGAGAGCAGCUAUGCUACAACCUUUGGGACGCCUUGGGGAAGAUACAGGUGGUUGAGGAUGCCGUUUGUUAUUGCCCCAGCUCCGGAGGAAUUCGAAAGAAGACUGUAUGAAGCACUGUCUGGAUUGAAGGGUUGCAAGGCGAUAGCUGAUGAUAUCCUGGUGUUUCGUUCUGGCGAAACGGAAAGAGAGGCCCGUGAAGAUCAUAAUGGCAACGUUUUAAACCUGUUGCAACGAUGCAGAGAGAAGAAUGUGAAAUCGAAUGGUGAGAAAGUGCAACUACCAGGGUGUCCACGGGCCUUGAAAAUCCUGGAAAAUCCUUAAAUUGGAAAAAAUAUAUUCCAGCACUGGAAAGUCCUUGAAAAUCAGUAGAAAUCCUUGAAAGUCCUGGAAUUAAUUCCUUAACCUCCAGCUGUGCCAACAUUAGUGAUUUUGAUUAAAAUACUGAAUAAAGUGAAUUAUUUACGGCAAAUCCGUGCCAUUUUGUGUGAAUUAUUUACGGUAAAUCCUUGAAUUUCACAUUCACCAAAGGGUGAACACCCUGAACUACUCUGUAUAGAGGUGUAUCGUACAUGGGACAUUUUCUAAAGGUGGAUGGUCUCAAACCAGAUGAAAGCAAAGUGAAAGCAAUUACUGAAAUGCCGCGACCGAAAGAGAAGAAAGCUGUCCAGCACGUUUUGUGUAUGACCAAUUAUUAUUGUUCCAAUGUUGGCGGAGGCGACAAUCAAAGAGCGCAAUGAGUUCGUGUGGGAUGAAGAGGUUUAAAGCCGCGUUUUUCCGAAGUAAAACGAAUCCUGACAUCGGCACCUGUUCUGAAGUAAUUCGACCCCACCAUAACCCCGGUUUUAUAAUGUGAUGCCUCGAUGAAUGGAUUGGGAGCUUGCCUGAUGCAAGAUAACCUACCGGUGGCGUAUGCAUCUCGUUCACUUACCCAAACCGAAGUCAAUUAUGCACAAAUAAAAAAAGAAUUGUCGGCUAUCAUUUUCGAGACGGAUCAUAAGCCACUCGAGACGCUAUUUAAGAAGAGUCUUCACUCCGCCCCAAAGCGUCUUCAACCAAUGCAACUAAGACUUCAGAAAUACGAUUUCACAGUCACGUGUAAGAAAGGAUCAUUGGUGGUGAUGGCUGAUGUACUGAGCAGAGCAUUCCUUCCAGCUUCGGAGAGCGUUCAGAAUGAAGAGCAACCUGCCGAUGUGUUUACGAGUGAUACAAGAUCUACCAUGCAGUGAAAUUGAUAUCGAACAAAUCAACUUUUAAUCCCUUUUUCUUUACAAAAACGUUUGAUACUUCCAGAACUGAAACCUCGCUGCUCUAGAUACGUUGUUUGCAAAACAUCCACUAAAUCUUCUAUGGUGUUUCCUUUCUUCGACAGAAAUUCUCAGAUAAAAUCUUCGUGUUCUUUCAGAGCAGCCAUAUUAAAUUGCGCCAUUCUUAAUUUCUUAUAUGGAAAUUGGAAAACUGCGCCAUUCUUAAUUUCUUAUGUGGAAAAUGGAAAACAAAAUUUGUUUCAAAAUCCGUUUUCCGUCUUUAAAGAAUCUGAAAACGAAAUUUGAAGAUCGUUUAUGUUUUCCAAAAGCGCUUAGGAAACAGUUGGCCCUUUGAUAUAUCUAAAGUAUAUGCUAAUUUUGUUUAAGAUUUUUAAAUCUUAAAUGUUCUUCAAAUUUUCAAAUAUUUGCUCAAAUGCCUGUUGCCCAUUUGGGAAACGUAUGGCACUUCGAGUUCAGUCUGCAAACGUCCAGUUUUGUAAAAUGUUCUAACCACUCAAUUUCGAUGCAAAAUUGUGAGUGAAAAUUUACAAAAACGUGAUGCUUACACAUGCGUUGCGGCAUCUUUAUUCAAGCGACUUAAAUUUGAAUCCCAUGCAAAUGAGAAUAAUUUCAAUACUCACACAAUAGGUUUACAUGCAAUUCCCAACGGUGAAAUAAUGUGAUUUCGACUGCCAUUGUUCGAUCGGAUCGGAUCUGGCUAUUUUUGACCGCAAUGAUACAAGAAAGGUAUAACAUUCAACAGCUCAAAGCCUGAUGUUUGGAUAAACGGAUAAAUGGAUAAACCCUGGAUAAACGUAAUAUAUAAUGCAUGCACGAUAGCAUGCCAAAGUUGGAUUACCUUUUUUUGAUACACCCUGUAUUUAGAUAAAAUUCCACUGCUCUUAGCCAAUCAGAAUUGAGUAAUUUCAUGUAUAUUGUAAGUUGAGAAUUUCCAGUAUAUUUUUUUAAGUGGAAAAUUCCACAUUUAUUUGGCGGAGCUUUCGAUCCAUAUAAUCCUGGAUGUUUAUCAUUGCAAAUAAAAUCAACGUGCAUGAUUCACAAAACAAAUCUUUUUUUACUGCUUAGACUUUGCAAGUAUCGACAAACUGUUGUGUUUAGUUUGUAUAGUUAUUUAUUUAUUUAUUAUAGCUUCGCCAGUACUUACAUUAGAACAUAAAAUUAAUUUAUGUGGCAGGGUGUUCGCAACAGCGGUUAGCCAAUUACUGCGGUCCCAACAAAACGUAACGUAAACUAACAAAUAGCUAUAAGUAUAUAGCCACACAUGCGUGUGACUAUCUACAUACAAUAAACAUUCACAUUUCAAUAACAACACGAUAUCGGACAUGACAAGCUACGAACAGAGUUACAUUUAAGACAAAUAGUUUUAAAGGUUCGAGGGUUUAGAUUCUGGAGAAUAAUUAUAAUGCUUAUAGCGAUGUAUAGAAAUAGUUGAAUAACACUGAUUUAAAAGUAGUAAGGUUGUCCAUAUUGAAGUUUAGUUCAUCUGCUAGUGUAUUCCAUAUUCGACACGAUCUAUUAAGGUAGGAUUUCUGAGGUAGGUAGUAACAUAUUUCACUGUGAGUGUCGAAGUUGAUCGGGUAGAUGUGCGGGUAAUCGGAACGAGUGGAAAUGCGUGGAAAGUUAGUGUUACCAAACCAUGAGUAAUUUUGAAGAAGAGAACGAGAUCCAAGUAUGCAUGACAGUAACAUAUCGGGAGUAUAGGUGUAAGGAUAGUAAUCUUGUUGUUAAUAUACAUGCUAUUAUUUAUAUUCUAACUAGCCUGAUGAAGUAGGCUUUGAUGAAUUGGACAAAGAUAAAGGUUUUGAACUAGAUCCUGAGGUAAGAUAACAUGGGAAACGCUUGCUACUCAUGCGUAAUAUAUUUUUGUUAUUUUCUUGGGUUGUUAGAAAAACAAUUUGUAUGGCGGAACAACCCGAUUGAAAUGUCUCUUUUGUAAUGUCCUUUGCAUAUCAUUACUCUAUUAACUGCAACAUUGUCAAACUUGUUCCAAAAAUGUAUUUCUAAGGUUAUCGACGCUGUAUAUAAUAAUGGAUUGAUAUGUAUAUACAGUAUCACCAUUUCUCCACUCUCAAACCAACUGAGGAUAUCCAAAAACUGUUGAAACACGGAAUCACAAACUGAGCAUAUCCAAAAACUGUUGAAACACGGAAUCACAAACUAUAUACAGCACCCUUAUACUACUCUAAAUAUUCGUGUUUAACCAAAUGUGAUCGAUAUGAUCACAGAUGAAACUAGUAGCACCCUGAUAUUACUUUAAAUAUUCGUCUCUACUCAAAUGUGUGUAUGACCAUGUUUAUACAUAAACCAUUGCAUAAUUCAUAGCCAUGGCUAUAGUAUAUCGUUGUCCGUGUGUUGUAAUCGAGUAAAAAAUGUUAAACAUUAAUUGUUGGUUUUGCAAUUCACAAUUGGGAAGCGUGAGGGGAAACGUGUCGUGAAACGUUAAAAUAUAUACUGUAGUUAGUACUAGAAGUGUAUUCGGCUACAAUUAAAUAUUGAUAUAGUGUUGUAAGGCAAUAAGUCCGACACGUCGUGUUUCUUGUAGGUUGUUUGUGUUUUACAUGGUUUUGAUCCUUAUUACAACUACAAUAAGAUACGUAAAGCUGUUAACUACCUCGCGAAGGAUACUGUUCCAUUCAUCGCUACGAAUAAAGAUAUGAGGUUUCCUGCGACGGAUGAUUUCAUUGCACCUGGUACGUAUCC